GCCGACGAAGCAGGAAGUCGUCAUCCUCCCCACUUCCUACUUCCGCAAACAAGUCCGCGCAGCUCCCCGGUCGAUGGCUUGAUAAAGGCGGCGACUUUUGCCUUCGUCUCUCGCUGUGAAUGUCUCACUGAGCGUUGUCAUGGCGGCCAACAGCCGCUGCUCCGCGGCGGAGCCUGCUCCCGGCCUGGAGAGCCAGCGGCGAGAGGUCGAGUGUCUGCUGCGGGACUGCGAGCUCCGCGCCGGUGACAGUUGGUUCAUGGUGGAGCAUCGCUGGUACACACAGUGGAAGGAGUUUGUGGAAAGCGGAGACCAGAACUCGUCAUGUCCCGGUCAGAUCGACAAUGGCGAGCUGUUUGAGGAUGUGGUCUCGUACCACCUAAAGGAUCGUCUGGUGGAGAACGAGGACUUCGUGUUGGUGCCGGCCGAGGCGUGGCACAAGCUUCUUUCCUGGUACGGGUUGGUGGACCAGCAGCCGCCGCUGGAACGCAAGGUGGUGGACCUGCCCAGCACGCUCAAGGUGGAAGUUUACCCCGUGGAGAUCUUCCUCUGUCUCCACGGCAACAUGGAGAACGUCACCACAGCGCAGUUUAGCCGUACCGACAGCAUACAAUCGAUCCAGUCGGCCAUUUGUGGGACCUUCUCGCUGCCGUCGACGUGCGAGUGUCGCCUGUGGAUGAAAAGUUCCGACAACAACUGUGAACGUCUCAGGAACGUCCACAUGAGCGUGCUGGACGCCUGCCUGAGCUCAGGGAUGACGGUGAUCAUGGAGACGAGGAAUGCUGAUGGCACUUGGCCGAGCUCCAGACCUUUAAUUUUGAGGAACUCAGUGGAGGAGCAGGACUCGUAUCGAGGUCAGCCCGGUGUCUGCGGCCUCACAAACCUCGGCAACACCUGCUUCAUGAACUCUGCCCUGCAGUGUCUGAGCAACACUCCUCCCUUGACCGAGUACUUCCUGCAGAGCUCUUACCUGGAGGAGCUCAAUUUCUCCAACCCGCUGGGCAUGAAAGGCGAGAUCGCCGAGGCUUACGCCGACGUCAUCAAGCAAAUGUGGUCAGGCCACCAUUACUCGGUGGUGCCGCGCGUCUUCAAGGUGCUGCCACGCCGCGCCGCAGGACGAGUGCGACCGGCAGUGCUGCCUGAUGCGUGUUGCUUUUGUGCGUGUGUGCAGACCAAGGUGGGCCACUUUGCGUCUCAGUUCCUGGGCUACCAGCAACACGACAGUCAAGAGCUGCUUUCUUUCCUGUUGGACGGGCUGCACGAGGACCUGAACCGGGUCAAGAAUAAAGAAUAUAUCGAGCUGCGAGACGCGGAAGGACGCCCGGACCAGGAAGUGGCUGAGGAGGCAUGGCGGAACCACCGACGGCGCAACGACUCUGUGAUCGUCGACACCUUCCACGGCCUCUUCAAGUCCACGCUCAUCUGUCCCCAGUGCCGCAAGGUGUCCGUCACUUUCGACCCGUUCUGCUACCUGAGCAUUCCACUUCCUGUCAGCAAGGAGCGCGUCAUGGAAGUCUUCUUCAUCUCGCUCGAACCGUACGCCAAACCCAUGCAGCAUCGCGUUGUGGUUCCCAAGGCAGGAAAAGUGUCGGACCUCUGCUUGGCUCUGUCAGAGAUGACUAACGUUCCCGACACUCAGAUGGUGGUUGCCGAUGUGUUCAAACAUCGCUUUUAUAAAAUCUACACACCAGAUGAAUCUCUGAACUGCAUCCUGGAUCGGGACGACAUCUUCGUGUACGAGUGCAGCGUGCAAAGCGACCAGCAGGUGCUACUGGCGCUCUAUCUGAGGGAGCGUUCCCACUAUAGAGACUACGGCUCGGUCAACACCACGCUAUUUGGACACCCCCUGCUGCUCAGCGUGCCACGCAGCAGCUGCAGCGAGGAGGCGCUCUACCAAAUCUUCUUGCAGAGACUGGCGCGCUACGUGCGAGUGCCCAAUCCCUCUGAGGAGCUAGAGGAAGAUGACGAUGAAGAGGAGCUAUACAAAAGUCAGACCAACGGCAUCAGUGACGAUGAUGAGCAAGAGGACGUGGCGCGACUGGGACCCUCGCAGUCGGUGGUGUGCUGCGCCGAUGGGCCGGCGAACGACCACCACCAGGACCAUGCCGCUCCCUCAGAGGUCCAGAUGCGACCGCCCCCUCCAGUGGAGGGCGACGUCCACAAUGUGUGCGCCGCCAAGCCCCUCUCCAGCAGCGACGCCGGCCCGAGCGACGGCCACAUCAACGCCCGCGGCGAGGAGAGCCGGGCAGACGUUGAUGAAGAGAACGAGGAGGCGGCAGCGGCGCAAAAUGACACCGCCACGGAAGAAGACUGCAAGCGGGAGGAGGCGUGUUCUCCCAGCCUGCCAGCCGAUGAGCAAGCGGCCAAGACGAGGGCAUGUCGCAGGAAGAAGCGUCUGUUCAACAUCCAGGCGGUCAACUGCAACGGCACCGAGCGGGAGAUGGGCCCCGACGUGACCUUCAACUCAGCACAGCCUUACGUGGCUUUGGACUGGGACGCUGAAACCAAGAAGAGAUUCUACAACGAAAACGAGGCGGAGAAAUACGUAAAGCACAGCAGCAUGGACAUUCCUCAGCAGCAGACCACCGUGCAGCUGCAGGAGUGCAUCCAGCUCUUCACCACCGUGGAAACACUGGAGGAGGAAAACCCAUGGUACUGUCCCAUGUGUAAGAAGCACCAACUGGCCACCAAGAAACUGGACCUGUGGUCUCUGCCCGAGGUCCUCAUCAUCCACCUCAAGAGGUUCUCCUACACCAAGUUCACCAGGGAGAAGCUUGACACUAUCGUAGACUUCCCCCUCAGGAAUCUGGACUUCUCCGGUUGUCUCUUGAAGAAGAAGCUGUCCAAUGGGGAGCCUCCGAGCCGCUACGAUCUCAUCGCCGUGUCCAACCACUACGGAGGACUCAGAGACGGACACUACACCAGCUAUGCACGUAACAAGGACAACGGUCAGUGGUACUACUUCGACGACAGCAAAGUGACAUACGCCACAGAGGAGCAGAUCAUGACCAACGCCGCCUACGUGCUCUUCUACCAUCGGCAAGACAAGAUGAGGAAACCUUCUCUGUCCGCGCCCUCCACAAGCUCGGCCGCGAGCACGCCGACCUCCGCAAGCUCGACCUCGUCCCCGCGGCCCUCCGAGGCAGACGCUGGCGCCGCCUCUGUCACGCCGCCGUGCGCCGACGCCGCCUCCGCCUUCGCUGAGCUCACCAUGGAGACGGAUUGAACGACUGAUGGGUUUAGCGGGUAAAUUUGCCUUUAUUUUCUUUGAUGGUUUUUAAAGAUUACCAGCAACAGUUCCACACCUCGCAAUCUGUAAUUGAACUCUUUGAUAGGCUAAAAACAACCAUGAUAAUCUAAUUCAUUCAGAGAAGGUAAAUUGUGUUGGAUGAUAGAAAUGUCUUAAUUCAGAGACAAUAAUUUGAUUGGACCAAGUGAAUCUAUGAAUUCAGACUUAUCUGAUUGGAUGAUGGAAAUCUAUAAAUUCUGAAACUAUUAUGAUUGGAAAAAAACAAAUAUAUGAAUUCAGACUAAUUUGAUGAGAUACCCCAAAAAAUUACAAAUUCAGAGACACUAAUCAGAUUGGAUGAUAGAAAUCUGUCAUGUCUUGUAACUGUUCUCAUGACAUGCUGCUUGACCUCUUGGCCAGGUCAUCAUUGUGAAACAGUUCAUGAUCCCAAUGGAUUUGACCUGGUUGGGGGUCCUAACAGUUCAGAUUAAGCAAUUAAUCCAUAGAAUCCAUCCUUUGUCCAAUCAGGUAUGUCUCUGAAUUCCUGUUUUCUUGGUCCAAUCAGAUUAGUCUCUUAAUUCAGGUUUUUUUCAUCCUGACAAAAAAAAAAAAAAACAAGACUUCAGAGACAAAUGUGAUUGGAUGGAUGGACGUGUGAAUCAGAGUCUUAACCUAAUUCGACACACGACUCAGAUUUGAACCUGUCAACCUUGAUUUGUAUCUUUCAUAUUUCUAUUGCCAUAUUUGUACAUCUUUUUUUUGUAUAUUUUGCUUGUUCUAUUUAUUGGGCGUCACGUGACCGAGUGAGGCCGUAGAGGCGCUUCUUUAUCCCCCUGCCCCCAAAUGUUUGAUCGACAGCUGUGAUGCUGUACAGUAUUUUUCUAACAGAGCUUCUUUUUAUGGAAACUGGUUGGGCUUUCUUUGGUCUUCCUGUUUGUCAAAUUUUCAAAGAUUUUAUAAGACUUUUGAAAUAAAAGGACACCUUGUCUACUUCAAUAACCAAGAA